AAGCGACCUUCGCACAAUAUCAAAUUAAAACGAUGCUAAUCUUGCUCGUAUUCUCUUUACUCCCCAUCGUUUAUUGUGAAUUUAAAUUAAGUGAUUCCAAGCUCCUUCUGCCUUACUACAGUGUUAAUCCUGUAAAUUACACUCUACAUGGUAGCGAGGGGGCUUGCUAUGAAUGGCAUUCGGGCACACCGGAGGUAGCAAUAGUGAGCCCAGUAGUAUCAUCUGAGAAUGGCUGCUCUUCUGCUGCUGUUAUCACUGCGGUUUGGCAAUCACGUCACAGGGCUGCGGCCACCAUAUAUGCCAAAAUAAUUAAUGCUGAUCACAUUGUUAAGUGUGAUGUAAUCGUUGACGACAUACAUCGGAUCGAAAUCGCCACUACCACACAAGAGCUUUAUCUCCAUAAUACACCAGUUUCUCUUGUAGUAACUGCUUAUGAUGAAUAUGGCAAUACCUUCACGUCACUUGAAGGUGUACCAUUUGAGUGGCGUAUAUUUGAGGACAAAUACGAAGAGUUCGGAGACAUUCAAGGUGUAUUAAGAUUUAUCACAUGGAGGGAGUCGGAAUAUACAACUCCAAGUACAAUGGCUCUACUUGAGUCAAAAGGAAUGCAGGGCUACAUGCAACUGAUAAGUGGUUUGCGUACUGGCUCUGCAGUCGUUAGUGUGGCUCUUCACGAGUCGAUUUACAAGAGUGUAGUACCAAGUCAGGUUCGUCUUCUCGUUAUGGCAAAUGCCCAAUUGAGCCCAGCACUAGCCUAUCUCGUCCCAAAUUCCUUGCUGACAUUCACCGUACACGUUAUUCAACAAGGUGAUGACCAAGAGGUCGCCAUGCCAUCUCUGCAAUACCACUUGCAAGUGAACGACACGAACCUUGCUGUUCUUAGCCCACUUGAUGGUUCAACUCUUAAAGCUCUAAAUUAUGGUCAAACUGAAGUUACACUUCUUGAUCGAAAUGUCGAAGAAGCCCUAGAAAAAUUGGACGAAGUUUUAAAUUCCAAAGUCGAUGAUUCAGAUCUUCGUCUGCCAAAACGAAGACGUCCAACUUCACUCAUACAGAUUGUAGAGCCAGCCUAUCUGGGUUUUACACUCAUUCAAAAGUCUACUAAUAAAAACCCAGAUAUAUGCCAACUGGCUUCAUUUUUAAACUCAGGGUCGUAUGUUAAUCAGGUUGCAUCCGGUUCUUAUAUGCCCAUUCGAAAAUGGAUUAUGGAGUCAGGAAAAGUUUAUGUUAUUAGUUUAGACAUAUAUGAUCGUAAUAACCACCGUUUAUAUCCCUCAGACAAUCUGCGACUGUCCCUUUAUUUUCCAGAAAGCCACUUUGAGAUCUUAAAAUCUUCGUUAAAUCAAACUUAUGUCGUUGUUCGAGCUUUUUCAUCUGGUUCAGUGUCUCUCAAAGCUGUCUUAAGAGGUGUCGUAGAUCAGGACGGAAAUGUUGUGGAAUUCAAUUCAACCAUAACCGGCAAUCAAGAUGUGACCAUUUACUCUCCUAUCAAAAUCCAUCCAACACCAGUCAUUUUGCCGUGGUCUACAGAACUACUAUCGUCUAACCUCACACAUUCUAAUCCUGGUUACCAUCUACGAGCUAACGGAGGAUGUGGACAAUAUAGAUGGACAGCUUUAUCUCUCCGCGCGUUAGAACGUCAUUCUGAUCCAGGCAAAUUACCGAACCCUGAACUACUGACUAACACAGUCGUGUCCAUUACUAAAACAGGAGUUAUAUCAGCUCUAAAUCCCGGUGAAUCUAUCAUAGUUGCAUCUAGCUCUUCGAAUCCUCAACUUUGUGGACAUACUCUAGUUUAUGUGCGUCCACCUUCUGAAAUAAAAUUUGUAUAUGAACGCAAUGAAGUUCUAAUUCCACCUCGACGUAAUGCUAAGUUUAUCGACGAAGAAUUAACGAGAAAUUAUCCAAAUCAACCAACAAAUGAGGAAUGGAGUAUACAAGAUCCCUCUGCCGUAGAAUUCGACUUGGAACGUUUAGCAAUAGGAUUAGCUGUUCUUGAUUCUGAUGGUCAAAGUAUGACGGAUUGCAGAAAUUUAAACAUUGAAAUUCGUGCAGUCGACUCUAAUGUUGUGAAGAUCAUUCCAGGUUUUCAUGCUCCACGACUUAACUCAUCUACUGAAUAUGGAUUAUUUGAUUCUAACGAAUGCUUACAUUUUUAUGUGAUCGGAGUUAACGUUGGUUUCACUGAAAUUAAAGCAAUUUACAAUUCAUCACCAGUUAACAAAUUUGAUGAAUCCGUUGUAAUUGUUUCACGUGUUCAUGUUGCCGCAUAUCGUAAAAUCAGUUUUAUUGAUCCUGUUUCUGAAAUAACUCCUGUUGCAAUAGGUUCAACUCGAAAUAUGCUAGUUACACAUGGACCACAACCAUGGCCUUUACAACCAUCAGAACAUUAUGUCAACGUUUCUCCUCAACCCGACGCAGAUAACGAUAUUUCAUCACUUCCAACAUUGAUUAGUGAACCACAUUUCUCUAAAACGGUUUAUCAAAAGACUAACUUUGACAAUGAAGCUAAACCAAUUCAAAGUUAUGUGGACCAAGUUGAAGGUCAUGUUCGCUUGGUUUCAUUUAGCCUUCGUUGUGAAAGUAUUGGGAUGUUUGAGUUUGUGAUUGAAAUUGGAAAUCGUCCCACCCCCUCUAAUCUACAUCCCAUGGUUCUGUCAUCCAAGUUCACAAUUAUGUGCGAUGUCGCGGUCAGUCUACAGUUACUACCUGUUUUCCAGUUUCCUUCACUACCUCCACACUUUCCACCUUGCCCAUUGGUUAACAUAUCUUCCAAUGACUGGUCUCAUGAUAAAUUAAUUUUACCGAAUACAAUCCCAACUGUUAUUCACUUAAUUUUCUUUGGAUCAGAAAGUCAAGAAUUAGAAUCAGUUGAUUCACUUAUAUCUAAUGUGGUUAUUUCUUCAAUUGAUGAUGAUAGGGGAACUACAGAGAAAUUACAAUUAGUUCAAUAUGUGAAUCCUCCUGUACAGAUGGAUUAUUCAGAUUACGAUAAAAGAUCUUCCAAUCGUCCUAUGCAUUCGCGGCCUUAUUUUUUAAUUACACCAACCAACUUUGGUCAUUCUUCUGGUAGUCUUGCGGUUCAUGUUACAGUUCAUUCAAGCUUACCUAACAGAUAUAAUCCAUUUUUACAUGGUAUUCAGAGCCUAAAGUCUAUUUUAAAUAUAUAUUUGAGUCCAGUGAUAAACGCGGUUCCCAGUCAAUUAAUUAAGUUGUUUUAUCAUCCAGAGGCUUCAUCUACUGUGCAUAUCCACGGUGGAUCCGGCUAUUACUACCUGGACAAUUCAGACAAUUUAACAGAUCGACAUCACUAUCCGAUUCGUAUAUCUGAGAAAUUGAAUAAACCAAUUAUGGCAACCAAUACUAUACCGUAUAUCAUGCGGAGACGGACUUACGAAAUACAACCCAAACAUGUUGGUCGUGUAACAAUUCAAGCAAUUGACUUAUGCUUUCCAUCAACAAAAUUAAACCCACCAAAUGAAUAUAAUCUUAAUCCAUCACAAGCUGAAUUUAAUGUAGAUGUAAUUGGUCUUAGUGUAUUAAAUCUUCGAGUUCAUAAUCAAAUCCAACUUGGUGAUGAGGUUACUGCUUUUAUAGAAGCCAUAGGUACAGAUGGAAUUACAUUACCAUCAAAGUUUGCACGUUUACUGAAGUUGUCAAUCAUCAGUGACCAUGUCACUCAUUCCACAUCUACUGGUCAUAAAGAAUCAACACAUGACUCAAAAAGAAUACUUAGCGUACCGGAAACUAAUGUUCCUUCAGAUUCAUUCUGGAUUUGUGAUUCAUCAAAUGCUGAAGAACCUUGUUCUGGUCAAUUUACAGUUCGAGGCAUUGCUCUUGGUACUUCUAGACUAAUGGUAACGUCGAUAGUACCCGGUUUAUUACAAAAUAAAGCGAUUACUGUUCAAAGUAAUGUUGUUGAGAUUCAGGUGUUUGCACCCUUACGUUUGACUCCAUGUAACUUCAAUCUUCUUCUAGGAGCGGAAUACGAGCUUCAUGCAGUGGGUGGUCCUAGUCAGGCUUCCUUGGAAUUUAUUCCUGAGUCUAUCACAAGUCGUAUAACAAUUGUUAAGACAAACCCUUCCAGUGUCUUAAUACGUGCAUCUGAAUCCUUAGGUCUGGCAAAUAUUCGUGCUCGUGCAGUAGGUAUGACAGGGAAUAGACCUUCAAGUUUAGAUGAAAAGCAUGGAGAUUAUGUCAUCUAUUCAGAGACAGUUUGCAACAUUCAUAUUGUGGCAUUGUCUGGUGUGCGAAUUAGAUGCCCACUUGCUAACUUGGAUGAAAUUACUUCUCAAAUCUCUGAUUCUUCCAAUGCUCAUUUCCCAGAAUUAACUAAUUCAGAUAGGUCUGAUCAACAUUUUCUCCUUGCAUGCCCUCCUGGGCGCUCUGGUGAUUGUGGUUCAACACCGUUAUGGGUUGAAGGUACACCAUACAGUCCUUAUUAUUCUGAAGACCAGUCAAGAUCGAAUAUUGUUUCUCCUUUGGGAAUGGCUGCUGUCAAUCCUCCAUUACGCUAUCGUUGGCAUUUGAAUCCACCUGAACCUAACUCUAUUGUUCGUUUAGAGUAUUGGCUUGAUGGAUUCGGUGUUAAUGUGAAUGAAACUCAUUUAGCAUCUGGGAUGGUUCUUGUCGGUCUGAAACCUGGUACUGUAACUGUUCAUUUGACUGUUGAACCUGUAGAACCUUAUGCAAAACAAAUAAUUGCUGUAUCUACUGACGGUGUGUCGACUGACCGCUUACAUGCUCAACUAACAAUUGUUGUUUUAUCACGGCUUGGACUGAGUUCACCACAUCGGGAACCUCAACAAAUAAUUCUAUCGCCGAAUUCCCAAUUGAAUUUGAUUCCUUGGACUGAUUUACAUUCUGAUAGCAUUUUACAAUACAAGAUUUUAACCGUUCCACAUAAUAAGAAUCUAUCGUUAGAACAUGCUAGUCAGUUGUUAACUGUGACUCCAGAUGGUAUUCUACGUGCGAGUGAUAAGUGUUCAGAGAGUGGAUCAAUUUGUCGAGUUACACUUCAAAUUCAAUCAAUGCCUAAUGGAAAUUUAGUGAAUUCAAAGUAUACACAUAAUUUUGACAGUUCAGUAAUACAGACAUUAAUUUUGGAUGUAUUGAUUAAAGUGCCACGUUUUAUGAUGUUCUUUGUACCUCCUAUUACUAUUCCACAGAAUGAAAGAUUGUCAAAAGUAGUUGGUCUUCCUGUUGGCGGUCCAUAUAAUAUUAAAAUCUCGUAUCAUGAUGAGUUAGGGCGUGUAUUCGAUGCAGUUUCAAAUGAUUUCUACCAAUUGAAGGCAUCACUUCAUCGAUCAGAUUUGUUUUCUACCCAUUUUAUACGAGAUUUUAUAAUUGAACAAAAUUUUCCUGUAAAUAAUAUAAACUCAUACAACCCAAUUCGUCAUACUCCAUUUGGUUUUAGUAUACAUUCUUUGCCAUUUUCUAAGUCAACUAAUCAAAUUGAAUUCAUUCAAGAUGAAAAAAAUUCACAUUGGGCUGCCUUACGUAUUGGGUUAUCGAAUAAAAUUAAUGGUGUAUCACCAAGUUACUUGAGUCUACCAUAUAGUAAUUCGUUAGAUCUUCUUGGUUUAACAUCUUUAAUAGAAGGGCAAUGGAUGUGUUUACCAAAGUUUUCGUCAUCCACAACCCAUUCAGAUAAUACUUGGUCUUCAGUUGACCCAUCGAUCAUAUGGAUUGAUCCAUUAAAUCAAAUAAUUUUAGCACGUCAUUCCGGUCAAGGAGUAUUAACAUUUUCUUUAACAUCUUCAUUAAAAACUUAUCAACAAAUUGAAACAAUAAAAAAUACAACUUAUUCAAAUAUCAAGAGUGAACCACUUACUUAUUUACUUAAUGUACAAGUUAUUCCACUUGAAUUAUAUACAUCUGGUAUACCGUCUGCAGGUCUAAUAUUUGUUGAUUCUGGAAAUAAUGUACUACAAAGUGAAUCUAUCAUAUUUCCUAUUGGAGUUGAUCGUCCAUCACGAAGUGAAUCAUUUCUAUCAAUGUUACGUUUUCUUAUUCAACUACCUAUCAAAGAAAGCAAUGAUAUUCCAUGUUCUAAAACAUCUGGAUCACUUUUAACAUUUGAAAAUUUUGCUCCAUUCAAAUGUCAAAUUCAAUUACAAAUAGAUGAUGAAUUUCAUAUUGAUUUUAAUUAUCGUUCAAGUCUAUUACCAAAUUGGUUCUCACAUUUACUUCUUUGGGAGCAUAAUGAAACUACUGAAUCAAUUCUUGAGUUAGAAUCUGCUAAAUUUUCACUACAACGACAUAUUACAACUCAACUAGAACCUUUGUCACAAUCCUCACCAUUCCAUACAAGUUCUACACAAUGGCAGUGUGUUGUAAAAUCUCCUACAACAUGGUCGUUGAAUGUUGAUGCUAUUGCCCUUACACUGAUGCCUAAAACACGAAUGGUUUUACAAUUGGUUAAAACCCAUUUAUCUGGUAAUAUUGAACAGGGAGAAAAUUCAUCAUUGAUUGCUGAAACAUCGUUACUUCCUUUACCAGGCAUUAGGAUGCUUAUUCCUCCCGCUGUUAAACUACAAGAAGAUAGUCACAUGUCUGCGUCUAAAGAUUCUUACCAGUUUUGGAUUACCGAAACGGAUCAUUUUACUAGACGACUAUUGAUUUUCAUUCCGCCAGCCACUUCAUUUGCAUUGAAUAUGCAAGAAUUAGGACCGGACAAACUGUUAGUUAGAUCACAAUUCCCUGAAAUUUUAGAAAUUGUUCAAUCACCAAGACCUGUUCAAAGUUUACUUGAAGUUGUGGAUAUUUACAAAGAAUAUAGUCGAAGUUUUUCUUCUUCACUAGCUUCCACUACAUUAGCAUCAUAUCCUAGCACUGUGACAACGGAAUUAUCUCAUUGGCUUCAUGUAGUUCACGAACAGAUUGGCAAGAUUGAAGAUGAUGUAGUAUCGGAUUUAAAUCCAUCCAUAUUAAAACACAAAGUUUUAUGGCUAGUACAAGUGAGAUGUAUCCCUGGUGACUCUCCUAUUGAUACUCUGGUGAAUGUUGUGUUAAGCCUUCGUUCAACUGGUCAACAUAUUGAAAUUCCUGUACGAAUUAAUCUACCAUCAUUAAAUCAAUUAAAUAACAAAGAAAUAACAAGUUCAAAACCAUCGUUCUACUUAUUAAAUUUCUCUUGGAUUCAUCUUUUUGCUAUGAUUAUAAUUACAUUGUUUAUUGCGAUUAUCAUACAUAUUAUAUUGCGCAGUGAGACGUUAAUAAGUACUUCGAACAACUCAAACAUUGGAAAAUAUUCACCCGGUCCUCUACCUUCAUUAGUCAAAGGAGGAUUAAGUCGAUCACCUCCUGGUCGACAACUGUGGAGUCAAAGUUUUAUUCCUGGUGGAAGUCCUAAUACAAUGCGUCAACCAUUUUUAACAUUUGAUGGUCUACGUCCAUCGAAUGUUUCAUCAUCUCCAAUCCAUCCACAAAAUCUUUCCCCAAACACAUCAUAUAAUAAUGCUCAACGUAUCUCUCCUAGAUUUAAUCUUGGUACAAGCGGUGAUCUAGUUAAUGAUGAAAGAAGAUGGCGUCAAGCUCUUAGUGGUAGUACCAAUCGUUUAAGAGAUAGUUUUGAUGGAUAAAUCAUUUUUCUGUUCAUAUUUUUUAUCGUAGUGUGUUAUAAAUAUUUUGUUUCGAUCAUAACAUUCCUGUCAAAAAUUCCACUUAGAAUAAACAUUUUUCAUCCUUGUUAAUCUGGUUUCUUGUUUCUGGAUAUUGCGCUUUCUUCGAAGGCUCUGAUAAAAGCAUUUAUCUGUAGAUCAUAUCUAAACUGACUAUAUAUCCAUUUUCAGAAUUCAGUCCACUUUCUACUAUUGUCCCUAGGUUUUUUCCUCCGCUAUCUUGAUGUUAUAUUUUUGAAAACAAACUUAUAAAUCAUGUCAUUUGUUUUCUGUAUUAAAUACAUACUGGUAUUAGUUUUUUUGUUAAUAGUUUCAUAUUCAAUAUACGUCGUUGAAUUAA